AUGCAAAAAAAAACUUUUAGUGAAAGGUUACAACUUGUUGAGCAUCAGAGGAUUUAUACUGAACUAAAGACCUGUAAAUGUAAAAAGUGUGGCAAAGACUUAAAAAUUUCAACUCUUACUCAACACCAGAAAAUUUAUUCUGCAGCGAAGACCUACCAAUGUGAAGAAUGCAAUGCACUCAAGAACUUUACUCAACAUCACAGUGUUCAUACAGGAGAUGUGCAAUGCAAAUGCAAGGAAUGUGAGAAAACUUCUAAUAAAAUCUCCAAUCUUAUUUGUCACCAGUGGACACACCCUGGAGAGAUGCCCCACAUACAUAAACAAUUUUGUGAAUCUUUUAGUAAAAAAGCAAGCCGAAAAAAUCACCAGAGAAUUCAUACAGGAGAGAAGCACUACAAAUGUAAAGUCUGUGGCAAGAGUUUUAAUACAAACUCAGACCUCAAUCACCACAAGAGUAUUCAUACUGGAGAGAAGCCCUUCAAAUGUAAAGAGUGUGGCAAGAGUUUCAGUCAAAAAUCAUCACUUACUCAGCACCAGCGAAUCCACACUGGAGAGAAGCCCUACAAAUGUAAAGAAUGUGGCAAAAGUUUUAAUAGAAACUCACAUCUUGAUUGCCACAACAGGAUUCAUACUGGAGAGAAGCCCUACAAAUGUAGAGUGUGUGGCAAGAGUUUCAGUCAAAAAUCAUCAGUUACUCAGCACCAGCGAAUCCACACUGGAGAGAAGCCCUACAAAUGUAAUGUGUGUGGCAAGAGUUUCAGUCAAAAAUCAUCACUUACUCAGCACCAGCGAAUCCACACUGGAGAGAAGCCCUACAAAUGUAAAGAAUGUGGCAAAGCUUUUAAUACCAUCUCACAGCGUAAUUGGCACAAAAGUAUUCAUACUGGAGAGAAGCCCUACAAAUGUAAAGUGUGUGACAAGAGUUUUUAUACAAACUCAGAGCUCAAUCGCCACAACAGGAUUCAUACUGGAGAGAAGCCCUACAAAUGUAAAGUGUGUGGCAAGACUUUCUGUCAAAAAUCAUCACUUACUCAGCACCAGCGAAUCCACACUGGAGAGAAGCCCUACAAAUGUAAAGAAUGUGGCAAAACGUUUAAUCAAAAAAUAUUUCUUACUCAGCACCAGAGAAUCCACACUGGAGAGAAGCCCUACAAAUGUAGAGAAUGUGGCAAAGAUUUUAAUCAACAAUCCUCACUUACCCGACACCAGAGAACCCAUACUAGAGAGAAAUACUAUGACAGUGAUAAAUUCUACAAAUUUAAAGAAUGUGGAAAAACUUUUAGUGAAAAGUUACAACUUGUGAAGUAUCAGAGGAUUUAUACUGAAGGAAAGACCUGUAAAUGUAAAAAGUGUGGGAAAGCCUUUAAAAAUUUUUCAACUCUUACUCAACACCAAAAAUUUUAUUCUACAGAGAAGACCUACCAAUGUGAAGAAUGCAAUGCACUCAAGAACUUUACUCAACAUCACAGUGUUCAUACAGGAGAUAUGCCAUGCAAAUGCAAAGAAUGUGACAAAACUUCUAAUAAAAGCUCAAAUCUUAUUUGUCACCAGUGGACACACCCUGGAGUGAUGCCCUACAUAUGUAAACAAUUUUGCAAAGGUUUCAGUCAAAAACCAAGCCUUAAAAAUUACCAGAGAAUUCAUACUGGAAAGAAGCCCUUCAAAUGUAAAGUAUGUGGCAAAAGUUUUAAUAGAAAUUCACAUCUUGAUUGCCACAAUAGGAUUCAUACUGGAGAGAAGCCCUACAAAUGUAAAUUGUGUGGCAAGAGUUUCAGUCAAAAAUCAUCACUUAUUCAGCACCAGCGAAUCCACACUGGAGAGAAGCCCUACAAAUGUAAAGUGUGUGGCAAGAGUUUUAAUCACACAUCAUCACUUACUCAGCACCAGCGAAUUCACACUGGAGAGAAGCCCUACAGCUGUGAAGAAUGUGGCAAAGCUUUUAAUAGCAUCUCACAGCGUAAUUGGCACAAAAGUAUUCAUACUGGAGAGAAGCCCUACAAAUGUAUAGAGUGUGGCAAAAGUUUUAAUACAAACUCACAUCUCUAUUACCACAACAGGAUUCAUACUGGAGAGAAGCCCUACAAAUGUACAGUGUGUGGCAAGAGUUUCAGUCAAAAAUCAUCAGUUACUCAGCACCAGCGAAUCCACACUGGAGAGAAGCCCUACAAAUGUAAAGAAUGUGGCAAAAGUUUUAAUCAAAAAGUAAUACUUACUCAGCACCUGAGAAUCCACACUGGAGAAAAGCCCUACAAAUGUACAUGUGGCAAAAGUUUCAGUCAAAAAUCAUCACUUACUCAUCACCAGCGAAUCCACACUGGAGAGAAGCCCUACAAGUGUAAAGAGUGUGGCAAAGCUUUUAAUAGCAUCUCACAGCUUAAUUGUCACAAAAGGAUUCAUACUGGAGAGAAGCCCUACAAAUGUAAAAUGUGUGGCAAGAGUUUUAAUCACAUAUCAUCACUUACUCAGCACCAGCGAAUUCACACUGGAGAGAAGCCCUACAAAUGUAGAGAAUGUGGCAAAGCUUUUAAUCAACAAUCAUCACUUACUCGACACCAGAGAACCCAUACUAGAGAGAAGUCCUAUAAAUGUGAAGAAUGGCAAAGCUUUUAAUAUUGAAGAUCACAUCUUACUAAACAUUAUAGAUUUUAUACUGGAGAGAAGUUUUACAAUGAAAACAUUGCAUCAGUGUCUUUAAGGAUGAAUCAACCCUAUUUCACAGUAGUUCAACACUAUUUCACACCAGAGAUAUGAUAGCACAGAAAUCAUAUAAAUGUAAAAUAGGUGACAGAGUCUCCAAUAGUUGUUCACACCCUACUCAGCACCUCAGAAUUCAUACGAGUGAGAGGACGUGCGGAAAAAUUUUUG